GUAGAUACCAGCCUGAAUGUGUGAGCCUCCCGUUCACUCUCCAGCUGUGAUCCACUACGUUUAAAGACGGAAGUGAGCACUCCUGUUCCCGACCAGGUCCGUGAAAGCUGCGCAUGCAUGUCAGUUUUUGAAUGUUUAUUUACGUGUGUUAUUUAUGCCUACGAGUUCUUCCCGAAGAUAGUUCAGAGCCUUCAUUUGCCUCUGAGUCUAUCCCGCUGCGGUAUGGCAGCGGCGGCAGAAGCGGCGGAGGACCGGAGCGGCGGAGCGCUAACAGGUGACGGGGAACCUGAGGAGGCCGAGGAGUUCACCUGCUCGGCCUACUGCUCGGAGCUCUCCCGGCGGCAGAACGAGCAGAGGAAGUCGGGGCUGUUCUGCGACGUGACGCUGGUGUUCAGCUCCGGCAGGGUGUCAGAGGAGAAGAGGGUCCAGACCUUAUCCGCCCACCGCUCGGUGCUGUCCGCCGCGUCGCAGUACUUCACGCUGCUGCUGGGCGGACAGUACUCAGAGUCCGUGUCGGGACGAGUGGAGCUCAGAGAGUGGAGCUCACCUGCGGGGCCAGACCCGGACACCGUGGAGGGUGUCAUACAGUUCAUGUACACAGGACAGAUCAGAGUCACCACUGCUAAUGUGCAUGAGGUGUUGGAACUUGCUGACAGGUUCCUGUUGGCGCAGCUGAAGAGCUUCUGCGGAGAGUUUCUGAUGAAGAAGCUGAACCUUUCCAACUGUGUAGCAGUGCACAGCCUCGCCCACAUGUACACCCUGGACCAGCUGGCCCAGGGAGCCGCCAAGAUGAUUAGGAGAAACUUCCACAAAAUUAUCCGCCAUGAGGAGUUCUUGACACUGCCUUUUCAUUUGGUGCGGGACUGGCUGUCAGACUCAGGAAUCACUGUGGAUUCUGAACAGGAGUUGUUCGAGGCCAUAGUGAAAUGGGUGAACCAAAACACAGAGGAGAGAGAGACGCAUUUUGAGGCGCUGUUCAGACUUAUAAGGCUGCCUCAGAUUGCUCCAACCUACCUGACACGGGUGGUGAGGAAGGAGCCCUUAGUGGCAGACAGUGCAGCUUGUCAGCAGCUGGUGUCUGAAGCCCUUGAGGUCCACGCCGUGCACUUUGAGAACCUCAAAUCAGUUGAUUUAGAGCUCUCUGCCUCCAACAUGGCGGCAACCCAGCCUCGCCUCGGCCAGAACAUGGAUGUUAUCAUGGUGGUGGGUGGUGUUUCAGAAGGUGGAGACUAUUUAAGUGAGUGUGUGGGCUACUUUGUCGCUGAGGACCGUUGGGUGAACCUGCCACACAUUCACAACCACCUUGACGGACACGCCAUCGCAGUCACUGACAGCCAUAUUUACGUGGCAGGCUCAAUGGAGCCAGGCUUCGCCAAGACGGUGGAGCGCUUCAACCCCAACCUUAACACCUGGGAGCAGGUCAGCAGCCUGACCACCCGCAAGCACUCCUUUGGCCUCACGUGUGUCAAAGACUUGCUCUACAGCAUCGGUGGUCAUGGCAACUUCAGUCCAGGCUUUAAAGAUGUCACUGUGUACGAAGCUGAGCAGGACGAGUGGCACAAUCUCGAGCCGGCGCCGAAGAUAUUACGAGAUGUGAAAACAAUAAGCGUGGAGAACCGCUACAUAUACGUGAUGGCCAGGACUCCUGUAGACAUGGACAAUGACGAUGGACUGAGCACUGUGACCUCCUGCUACGACACAGAGAGUCACAAGUGGCAGGAAGUGGACUCCUUACCGCUCAUUGAUAAUUACUGCAGUUUUCAAAUGGCUGUCGCACACACCAACUUCUACCACACAGCCUCCUGUUGCGCUAAGAGCUACAAGAUAACAGCUGAGGCAGCUCAGCAGAAAAUAAGCAGAAACAUCUCUGAUGAAAUCCUCGACAGCCUCCCCCCAGAGGUCCUCAGCAUGGAGGGCGCUGCUGUCUGCUACCUGGGUGAAGACAUAUUCAUCAUUGGCGGGUGGAGGAACUGCAACAACAUGGACAAGCAGUACCGCAAGGAGGCCUACCGUUACUGCGCUGAGAGGAAGCGCUGGAUGCUGCUGCCGCCUAUACCCCAGCCACGCUGCCGAGCCGCAGCCUGCCACGUUCGCAUCCCGUACCAUUACCUACACGGCUGCCAGCACUACCCCAUGCCCCAGAACCUGGCUCGCCAGCGAGACCGCAUGCAGCAGAUGCAGCAGCUCCAUCGCCGCACGCUCACUCUGCGCAGACAGCUGCAGUCUCAGAUCGAAUGCUGAGAGCCUCGAAUUGUCUGCACUUAAAGCCGGAGUGUGGAACUUUUGUCUGUCCUCUCAGGGAGUGAGAGAAGUUACACAAACACUGCCAUCAUGUGUUUAUGACCUAUGCCUGCAGUUGAGCUCGCCACAUCUCCCCCGCCCCCAGGAGCACCCUCCUCAAGUCUUUCUUGCCUUCUUUAAUCCUUCCUUUGAACUCUUUUUUUCCUGGAGCAUCCACACCAGACACUUUUCUUCAGAUCUGGCACCACAGCUUCUGCCAUACCUCUAACUGCUGCUCUUUUGCUAUGGUCUCUCUCUCCACUUCCUGUCCCCUUUAGUUUUGGCUUGUUGACAUAAAACAGUGUCGUACAGUUGCAACAGACACCAGACAACACAACUCCGGUAUGCUGCAAAAUUCAGAGGGCUGCAUGACAUGCCAUUAAAAAAAAAUGCGAUAUGAGUUGCAGUUUCAGUGGGUAAACAGUAAUUUAUGCAAUUAAUUUUCACUGGAAAAAAAAUACGAUGAUGAUGUGAUUUUUUUUUCUGGGGUCUGUACCAAACAUGCAUGUUCCCUUAUGUCUGGAAUAUGAUUUAUGGGCCGGGUCAUCGCUCAUUGUAAUGGUAUGUUAAGAUACAUUUUACCUUUGUCGAAAAAUUGCAGUUCCUGCGAUUCAGAUAUUGUUCUUGGCCAUAUUGAAAUUUCAAUAGCAUUUGUUAGUUUAGUUGUGCAGCCUCACAGAGAGCUUUCCCUGUCCACGAUAGGCUUAAUCAGCACUGUGUGAACUCGUUUGGCAAAGGUGUAAAUAUAAUGGACGUUUGUUUGUACGUAAAAGUCCUUCACUUCAGGGUUAAUCUGCUGAUAAAUGGGUUGUUUCUACCGCAAGACAUGUAUCUUAUUUUAUUGCCUUGUCUGCAUGGGUUUACCUGGAGCUGGUUUGCACGAAACCAGUUUGAACUACUGGUGUUUGCUGCUCUGUGCACCAACUAGGUCCAGUGGGAGUUAGCUAGUGGCUCUGCUUAUUUCAAUCAGGAGAGACUUGUCUUUCAUGGAAAAAAUGUGGAAAGUCUUUGGUGAUUAGACCUCAUCAAGAUGGUAUAUAUUAAAGGAGAGUGAUGAAUCCGUAGUCGAAUAGGGAACCCCCUGGGGUCUAGGCGCUGGUGGUGGAAGAGGUAUUGAAGACGAGAUGAGAGGAAGAUGGAGAAGUGCUGACGAUCUGGAUGAGUAGAGGGAUGAGUUUGUUGAGCUCGUCCUGGACUCUGGAUACGAUGGCUGGAGGUGAAUGGGGUGAAAGAGGGUGCGACAGUUUUGCCUAAAA